AUGACCAUCGCCCCCUGGAAGCUCUUCAGCGAGAGCACCUACGUUCCCGCAGCCCAGGUCGAGGAGAUCCGCGGCGCGCUGGAAAGGGCACUGCGGCUGUCGCCCCGGCACCCGGGGGCGAACCACCUCCUCAUCCACCUCAUGGAGAUGUCGCCAACGCCGGAGCAGGCACUGGGUGCGUGCGCCCUGCUCCUGGAGCCCUAUGCGCCCGACGCGCCACACCUACUGCACAUGCCCUCGCACAUCUACAUGCUUCUCGGGCGGUACGGAGAUGCUGUCAGGUCCAAUGUUGCUGCAGUCAGAGCGAACACGAAGUUGUAUACAAGAUACGGCGACGGAAACGGUUGCCAAGAAGGUGGCCGCAGGAGAGGUGCUGUACCGCAAGGGGCGGCUCUUGCAGGAGGCCGGCGACGGCGGGUCCGAGCCCCUGGUGGAGGCAGGCCUCGAGGCGCUGAGGGAAGCUGCCGCCCUCGAGGACGCGCUGAACUACGACGAGCCUUGGGGCUGGACGGUGCCGGCGCGCCACGCCCUCGGUGGGCUGCUGCUGGAGCAGGGCCGCGCUGGCGAGGCCGCGGCGGUCUACCGCAGCGACAUGAGCGGCUUCGGCGGCGGCGCCGGCUCGGCUGGCGGAGCGGCAGGGGGCGCCGGGCGCCACAACAGGCACCCGGAGAACCUGUGGUCGCUGCGGGGGCUGGCGAAGUGCCUCGAGGCGGGGGCGGAGCGCGCAGGGGCCGAAGAGGACGCGCCGUCGAUGGAGAGAAGGCUCGAGGCGGCGGGCCGGCACGCCGACGUGGAGGUGGCCGCGUCGUGCGCCUGCGUGCGCUCCUGCGCCGCGCCCAGGCGCGUGUAGCUGCGCGGAUUUGA